UAUUUGCGAGUGUCGCCGCACUCCCCGCCAACUCAACCCGGUCCAACCUCCAACAUGCUUGUCGACACCUCAUCGCUGCUCGACUGGAAGCAACUCUCCUCGGCGCUCUCGCAGCAAUCUCUGCUGUCGAUCGCUGGCACCUCCUCGCUGGUCGCUGCUGCCUAUUUUGGUGGCCGCCUCUUCUAUCGCCAGUACCUUCGCUUCCACGACGAACCCCCUCUGAUCUCUGGCUGGAUGCCAUUCAUGGGCGCCGCCUUGACCUUCAGCACCCUCGGACCCGAGCUGCUCCAGACCCUCCGCAAGACCCACGGCGAGUGCUUCACGCUCUUUGUUGCCGGUCGCCGAAUGACCUUUGUGCUGGACCCAUUCACCCAUCCGACCAUCACCAAGAACACCACCGACUUGCGCUUCCGCGACGUUGUCGAAGAAAUCGACGACAAGGCCUUCCUGACCCCGCCGCACGCCCUGAUCCACAUCCACGACGAUGUCCACAUCCAGUACAAAAAGUUGCUCCACGGCGCUGCACUCGACCAGAUGAUGGUGUCCUUCACUGACCAGCUCAAGGCCAAGCUGCAGGCCGUUCUCCAGGACCUGCCUCGAGCAACAGGUCCGGAUGCGCAGUGGACGCAGCUGCCCGGCUUCUUUGAGUUCUGCCGCAAAAUCUUCUUCCAUGCCACCACCCGGGCCAUCUUUGGUGAAGCCGUCGACCCCACCAUCCUUUACGACGGAUUUGCAGAGUUUGACCGCAACUUUGCUGCUCUGAUGUUUGGCGGGCCCGAGAUCUUUGUCCAGCAUCUGCGUCGACUGCAGCACCAACUCGCCAGCGACCUCAGGAAGGCCUAUGACUCGGAAGACAACACCAACAUCAGCCAGAUUGCCAAAGCUCGCCACGAGACCUUUUCCCGCUCGCUCUCAACCAUCCAGCAUGACCAACUGCAGUUUUCGCUGCUGUGGGCCGCUGCUUCGAAUACCCUGCUCGCUGCUUCGUGGACUCUGGCGCUGAUCGUCAGCAACCCCGAGUGGCACGCCGCCGUCAAGGCCGAGAUUGCCGCCGUCCAGCUGAAGCAGUCCCAGAACGGCUCCAAUUCCAAAGAGCCCUCGGCCAGCGCAGACGACGCCAAAGCCACCGAGGAGUCGCAGUCGGACUACCCCAUUCUCAUGGCAUGCAUCUCCGAGUCCCUGCGGCUCACUGCGAUCGGCCUCUUCAACCGCAUCGCUGCCAAAGACCAGAUCCUGACCAUCAAGUCGACCCAGCAGCAGUUCCGCAUCCGCAAGGGCGACACCAUUGCCUGUGUGCCCUAUGCAACCCACAGAGACGCCGAGGUCUAUCCCAACCCCAAGAAUUUCGAUCCCAGUCGCUUCCUAGCCUCCUCCGACACCAAGUUUGUCAAAGACGGCCGUCCCGUGCGCAACAACCUCACUCCCUUUGGUGGCGGCCCGUCCAUGUGCCCUGGCCGAGUCUUUGCCCGCCGCGAGAUCCAGCACUUUGUCAUCCAGUCGCUGCUCCAUGCCGACUUUGAGCUGCUGCAGCCCGUGCCCGAAUUCGACACCCGUCCUGACUAUGCCAUCCUGCCGCCGCAGCAUGAUAUUCCCUUCCAGCUCCGUGUGCUCUGAGCCAGUGCGCACAGCAGCUUCGGCCAAUUCAUAAUCCUCAUAUGAGCUUGAAUACACUCUGAUGGCCG